CAACGAGCUCAUAUUUCACCAUGAGUGCUGUGAAAAAAUUUGAUGGUUUUAAACGCAUUAUUUCAACAUGCAUACAAAUGUAAGAGCGUUCCUUUUAUUGUAUCUGAUAAAGAAUACAAUAGCAUCAGAAUUUAUUGCAGCAGUUUAUGAGCAUGCGUUAUUCGAUAGUUCAGAAAACCAAAGCUAUGUGCUUACAAGAAAUGCCGCUGUGGAGAUAAUGAUGAAAAAUGUCAAUGUUUACAAACAACAAGUUAUUACUGCAAAGAAUAAGAAUGCCCGUAUUAUUGUGUUUCCUGAAUAUGGCCUCACAGGAUUUAAUCACGACAGAGAGUCGUUUAGACCUUUUUUGGAAAAUAUUCCCGAUCCUACAAGAAUUGAAUGGAAUGCUUGUACAGAUCCUGAACCUGAUAAUUCUACCUUUAUAUUGAAUCGUCUCAGUUGCCUAGCAAAAGACAACAAUAUUUAUUUGGUAGUAAACAUGGGCGACAUUAAACCUUGUAAUAAAACCACAGACUUAAAUUGUCCCGAAGAUGGACGCUAUCAAUACAAUACAAAUGUUGUUUUUGACAACAAAGGAAAUUUGAUAGCUAGGUAUCACAAGCAACAUCCUUUCAUGAACGAGCUAAAAACUGUAAAUCGUCCAAAAGAACCAGAAUUCAUCACAUUUCAGACACCAUUCGGAAAAUUUGGAACCUUCACAUGUUUUGAUGUACUUUUUCAUGAUCCAGCGAUCACAUUGGUGGAAAAGUAUAAUAUUGAUCACGUGGUUUUUCCAACUGCUUGGUUUGAUGUAUUACCGCUUUUUGCCGCAAUUGGUUUUCACAGCUCCUGGGCCCGUGGUAUGGGUGUCAACUUUCUCGCAUCCAAUACGCAUGUCCCUAUCUUGCUUAACACAGGUAGCGGUAUUUAUAGCUACAACGGAUCUAAAGACUACUUUCGAAGUUUAUCAGAAGGGGGAAAACUUUUGAUUGCGAGCUUGCCAAAGUCACAUCGAAACCUAGCGCUUGACAAAUCUGCUGCACAAAUAGACAGAGAUAAUCUUUCUCAUAGCAAUGUUACUUGGAAUGAAGAAUUCUAUUCGGAUUUGUUUGGCGAUCUUUUUCAGUUUAAAGAAUUGCGCAAUGAUGAAGAUGCUUUGAAAAUAUGUUACAAUCACAGCAAAACUUGCUGUUCCUUGACGUACAAGAUGGUAAAGAAAAGAACAGACGAAUUAUAUGCGCUGGGAGUAUUUGACGGUAUUCACACAAAGGAAGGACAAUACUAUCUACGAAUAUGUACUUUGAUAAAAUGUUUGAACACAAGUCGUAAGAGCUGCGGCCAAAAAGUUUAUAAUGCAAAAACAAUCUUUGAGUUUAUUUCACUGAACUCUUAUCUUAACACGUCAUACGUCUUUCCUCAGGUAGUGGCAGAUGGAGUUUCACUCCUUCCUGGAGAAUGGAUGAAUGACUUCCCUGUGCACAUGUUGGAAACUACUCAAACACUGAGUAAAGGUCUUCUUACAGCUGCCUUGUUUGGUCGUGUUUAUCAUCUAGAUAAUUCCACUUCAACUGCUUCGAAUAUCAACAAUAAUCACAAAUUUACAUCUGCUUUCAGAGCUUGCUUAAGUUUGUUGUGUAUUAUUUGUGCUGAAAGUUUGAGAUUAUUCUGAUUUUUAGGUAAAUCAUCAAAUCUACGUCAGUUGACUGAAAAUUCAUUUAUGUGAUGAUUAUAACAGUUGAUUUUCUGGUGAAAUGAAAUUAAGAUUAAAUAAUAUAAUAUGAAGUAAUUGGUUUUAUAUAUAAGUUUAAAUAAGCGUUAUUAUGAAAAUAAUGUUAAUUACAAGUUUCCAAAUUGGUGUUACACGAAAA